AUGGCGAGUUCGCCGUUCCUUGCCAUAAGAUCCGUCAAGCAAUUAGCCAAGGACGAGCAAGUCCGAUAUCCGGAGGGCGCAGCGACCCUUGAAGAAGACUGUUACGUGGACGAUGUCGUCACGGGAGCGUCAACCCUCCGCAACGCGAUCGCUCUUCAGACUCAACUUCGCGCGUUGUGCAUGGCGGGCGGAUUCCCGCUCCGUAAGUGGGCCGCCAACAACGAGGACGUGCUCGACGGGAUUCCUCUCGCGCACCGGCUACACCAAACGUCACACGAAUGGGACCUCGAGAGCCACUCCACUCUCGGCUUGCGCUGGUUCACGGGCACAGACAGUUUCGCGUUUCAGAUCAAGUCACGCGUCGUCCCUAUAUUCAUGAAACGAACCGCAUUAGCUGAAACCGCCCGAUUGUUUGACCCGCUCGGAUGGCUCGCCCCAGUCGUUGUGCGCGCAAAAAUUCUCAUGCAAUCCGCGUGGAUGCAGAGACUCGAAUGGGACACGCCACUCCCACCAGCCGACGCGCGCGUGUGGCAGGAGCUCAUCGCCGAGCUUCCCAUCCUCGAGGCAGUCCGGAUUCCCCGCUGGAUAGGGGUAGGGACGUGCGACACUCGGUUCGAACUCCACGGAUUCGCCGACGCGUCGGAGCGCGGCUUCUCGGCUGUCGUCUAUCUCCGCGUGACAACCGCGUCCGACGACACUCAGGUGCACUUGCUCGCGGCCAAAACGAGGGUCGCCCCGUUAAAACAGGUGUCAUUGCCGCGCCUUGAACUCUCGGCCGCCGCCCUCCUCACUGACACCGCGCACCACGUUCAAGACACAUUGAAACUGCCUGCUUCGGAGACUCACUUGUGGUCGGACUCCACGGUGACCCUCCACUGGAUUCGUGGUCAUUCAUCGCGGUGGAAGACGUACGUUGCGAACCGCGUAUCACACAUACAGCGGCGCCUCCCGGAAGCCCGAUGGCACCACGUGCCGGGCAGUGAGAAUCCCGCCGAUUGUGCUUCGCGCGGCAUCUCUCCUCGCGAACUCCUUGACCAUCCGCUGUGGUGGAGCGGCCCUGGGUGGCUCAAACUGCUUAAGUCCUCCUGGCCGAGCGAGCCCAACGAGGACUUCGACGAGGACACUGGGGAGCAGCGAGCGUCCUGCAGCACCGCCAUUGUGGAAGUGAACGAGCCCGAGUUGCUGCGUCGCUUCUCUGGGCUGCAAGCGGCUCCUUCGAGUGACAGCGUGGUGUUUUCGCUGGCGCCGUCCUCAGAAAACGUCACUCACUCCCGAGGAAAUCACUCGCGCAAUUCACAUUUGGCUCCGCACCGUGCAGCACUGCCACUACGGCACUGA